AUGUGCAUGUGGGGCGUUCGGAGGAAGGGCGUGGACGAGGUAGAAAUCAACGGGGAAGGGGUGGAGGGAGAGGUAGAGGCAGGUCCGGGGUGGUGUCUUCCACAGAAGAAGGAGGAGGCGCAGAUUGUUUGGAAGGUCCUGAUAGGGGAGGGCGCCAAAGAAGGGGAGGGCAGCAAGGGAGAGGAGGGAGGCAAGGAAGGGGAGGGCAGCAAGGGAGAGGAGGGAGGCAAGGAAGGGGAGGGAAGCAAGGGAGAGGAGGGAGGCAAGGAAGGGGAGGGCAGCAAGGGAGGGAUGGGCAGGAGGAAACCAGGGAAUGGAAGGGCCACAUGGAAUGGGUUGGCAAGAGGGAAUGGGGGGGGCACUGGGAAUGGGUUGGCAGCAGGGAAUGGGGGGGCCAGAUUGUUUGGGAGGGCAGCAGGGAAUGGGCGAGCAGCAGGGAAUGGGAGGGCUGCAGAGAAUGAGAGAGCCGCAGACAUUGGGAGGGCCACAGGGAAUGGGAGGGCCACAGGGAAUGGGAGGGCCACAGGGAAUGGGAGGGGCACAGGGAAUGGGAGCGGCACAGGGAAUGGGAGGGGCACAGGGAAUGGGAGGGGCACAGGGAAUGGGAGGGGCACAGGUAAUGGGAGGAGCGCAGGAAAUGGGCGGGCAGCAGAGAAUGGUUGGGCGGCAGAGAAUGGGAGAGCCACAGAUAUUGGGAGGGCCACAGGGAAUGGGAGGGCCAUAGGGAAUGGGAGGGCCACAGGGAAUGGGAGGGCCACAGGGAAUGGGAGGGCCACAGGGAAUGGGAGGGGCACAGGGAAUGGGAGGGGCACAGGGAAUGGGAGGGCCACAGGGAAUGGGAGGGCCACAGAGAAUGGGAGGGCCUCAGGGAAGGGGUGGGCAGCAGGGAAGGUGCGGGCAGCAGGGAAUGGGCGGGCAGCAGGGAAUGGGCGGGCAGCAGGGAAUGGGAGGGUUGUUACAAAGGCAAUUUAG